AUGGCACCAAAGAAGACGAAAGAAUAUUCAAAUGACUUACGUGAAGUUGUUAUUAAACACUACCUGAAUGGCAAUAAUGAACGUGAAAUAGCUCAAAGCGUAUUAAUUCCACGUACCUCUGUUCAUUAUAUGAUUCAAAAGUAUAAAUCCACAAAAUGUAUUGGAAAUAUUAUUGGAAGAGGUCGAAAAAGAAAAACUACAAGUCACACUGAUCGCAAUGUACAACGUAAAAUCAAAGCUGAUCGGCAACAAUUCGUCGGCGUGCUCGUGAAAUCUGUUUAUACGGUCGUUGCUCGGAAAAAACCAUAUGUCAGCAAAAUCAACCGUGGCAAAAGACUUGAAUAUGCUGUAACAUAUCGCGAAAAGCCUUUGGGCUUCUGGAAUAGUGUCCUUUGGUCAGAAGAAAGCAAAUUCAACUUAUUCGGUUCAGAUGGGAAGAUAAUGGUUUGGCGAACAACAGCAGAAGAAUUUAAUCCAAGAUGUACAGUGCCAACUGUGAAGCAUGGAGGUGGAAAUGUUAAGUGUUGGGGAUGCUUUUCAGCAUCUGGCGUUGGUAAUUUGGUUUUCAUCGAUGGCAAUAUGACUGGCGAAUUGUAUAGAGAUAUUUUACAAAAAAAAUUAUUACAAUCGGUGAAGAAAUUGAACAUGAACACUGACUGGUACUUCCAACACGACAGCGACUCAAAGUAUAGAACAAGUAUUGUAACGAAUUGGCUCGAUCGGGAACGUAUGCAAAGACUCAAACGGCCUUCGUGUUCACCAGACAUAAAUCCUAUAGAGUAUCUAUGGGACGAAAUGGAGCGAAGAAUGAAGAAACACCAACCCAAAAAUGAAAAAGAACUCAAGGAUAUUCUGACUCGAAUUUGGUAUGGCAUUGAACAAUCUGUCUUAAAAAAGUUGGUUCAUUCAGUUCCAAAUCGAUUAAAUGAAGUCAUUCGUACGAAAGGAUAUCCAACUCGAUACUAA